CCCGUUUUCAUUAAGACACGUGAAGAGGUAUAAUUUCUUACAAAAAUUACAUUAUGGAAUAUUAAAACAAAAUCAUUUGAGGAAUACGUCUGCGAAUAUUUAGUGCAGGAAAUAGUUAGUACGCCAAAAGUGAGUCAAAAGUGAUAAUUAACCAUGGUAGAAGUUGUUAGUGGAACAAGAAGAUGCAGGGAAAUUGUUGGUCAAUUGGAACAAUACAAAGUCAUUUCUGUUGACGCUGAAGGUAUUAAUCUGGGAAAAGAUGGACCGUUGACGUUACUACAGAUUGGGACCAUCGAUGGACAUGUGUUUUUGUUUGAUGUUUGGAUCAAUAAAAAUCUAUUUCAAAAAGGCAAACUGAAAGAUAUUUUAGAGUCCGAGGCAGUUAUAAAGGUUAUGCACUCAUGUCGAGGUGAUAGUGCUGCCCUCUACUUCCAGUUUGGAGUUUUGCUUGAGAAUGUUUUUGAUACACAGGUAGCUCAUUUGGUGAUAGAAGAACACAAAGGUCGACAGCUACCCAGGUGUAUAAAGUUAGCCGAUGCCUGCAAACAGUAUUCGGAAAAUGCCGAAGUCUCGGAGGAUAAAGAUGAAAUAAAGGAAGUUUUUGCAAAAGAAGACGGCUGCUUUUGGGCAAAUAGGCCGUUGACGCAAGAAAUGAUAGAUUAUGCCUCUGGCGAUGUCACUGCUUUGAUUCCAGAAGUAUACGAGACACAAAACAAGUAUUUGAAAGAAAAUGAUCUACUGGAUACAUUUCAAGACAGAGUUUACGAAGAGAUCACCUGUGCGCAUGACAAGAAGCAAUCGACGAAACGAUACAGACGACAACACAAAGUUGUUAAAGGUAUCAUGAAAGAAAUUCCAAAUAAGUAUCCAUCGGAUAUAAAAUUUGAAGACAUAACUGACGAAGAUGAUAUAACAGCAAUCCGAAAAACAAAAUUCAACACCAAGAAUCUGCAUCCUAUGCUCAAAAGACUGAAUACAGAGGCCAUUAAAAGUCAGCUACAACACCUUGACCUACAGUUAGCAGACGAUGAAAAUCCAUUUACGCCAAAAUCCAGAUCGUAUGCCUUUUUACGUACUUACCAAAAUCAUUCCGAUGAAGACAUACAGACAGAAGCAAAGCGAAUUUUAGAUGAGAUAAACGAAAACAUUUUGGACAUAAUGCUUCAAAAAUAUGAUCCUAAAACAAGUCCGGAUAUGCUUGCCUUGAACGAAAAGGAGGCUCUCAAUACACUGAGACCAAGAGGGGUUCGGGACAAAAAAAUACACCCCCUCUUGUUGAAUUUUUAUUGGCAAAUGAAAGUAGAAAAUCUAGAUUCAACAAUUCAUGUUUUUCGCGAAAAGGGGUCGGAUUACACUAUUCCGGAAAAUUUUUAUAAAUGGCUAAAGUUUUGCUGCUCUGGAAAAGUGCCAGAAGAAAUGAAAUCAAAAGCGAGACGACUUAUGAGAAAUUUGGACAGAACUUUCGGAAAAGGCGUUGUCCCCGGUCGCCAGUGCACUUCAGAUUAAGUAUUGUACAUCGUUUAUCUGAAAUAAUCUAAUAGAACUGAACUGUCUUCGAACAAUUAUAUGAAGCUUAUAAGCGUACAUAUCAAUAUAGAUCUUCUUUUUUUUUAUUUUUAUAGGAAGGACCAGUCAAGUACAAAUUUUUUUGUAUGAAAUGAAUAUUUCAGUUUUAUCUUAAAGAUUUUUUCUAUAACUGAUUAUUUAAAUCAUUAAUUUUAUUGUUAUUAUUAUUAUUAUUACUAUUAUUAUUAUUAUUAUUUUAAUUCAUAAUUAUUAUUAUUAUUAUUAUUAUUAUUAUUAUUAUUAUUAUUAUUAUUAUUUGUGCUGUAUUAUUAUUAUUAUUAUUAUUAUUAGUUUGGUUUUUUUUUUGUAUUUUUUUGUACUGUAUUAUUAUUCGUUCAUUAUUGCAUAUGUAUGACAUCAAACCCUCAGGUUACAAAAUUAAUGUGAAUUUGAAAUAAAGUUUUAUAAAAAUA